AUGAUUACUGGUGAUCAUCCUGUAAUGGUGCAGUUGAUGAUGAAUGAUCAGGAGAUUAUUGAUUUAUUGCAACGGAAUACAAAAACUAAUAUCAGUAAGAACUUUCUAAAUGUUAUACGAAGAUUGAGAGAACAACAUGGACAGGAUAAACCAGGUUUCAUCAAGGCGUGUAGUGCAUUAGGGAAGUUUACAGACCCUAAUGAAGUCCUAGCUAAGGUCUUUGAUGCAAUUAAAGUGUCUGGUAAUAAUGUGGAACAAGUUCAAGACUCAAAAGGUUCCCAGGAACGGCCUAUUAAGUUACUGGGGCAAGGGAAGAAAAGGAAAUUUAAGAUAUCUGUAGUCGAUGAUGACGAUUCUGACGAAGUUGACGAUAAUAAUGACCACCUAAACAUGUUGUCAUCAAAAGUUAAUCCAUUUGUUAAACGUAAGCUAUUAAAGCAUAACGAGAAUUCUCGUCAGAUCAUGUUCAAGAAGAUUAAGAAAGUGGAUGCUACUAGGUUGAAAAUAUAUUCUAAAGAAAAUAAAACAACAAAAAAUGAUGUUGAAGAAAGUAGGAAACUCGUGGCGAUGCAGAAACAACGGGAUACUGAUGUGGCCACUAAACCGUUGGAGACAACUACUGAAAUUGAUAAAGAUUGGUAUAAUUUUGACGAUGAUUAUGGGAAUCCUGUAUCGGAGGAAUUAGAAGAACAAAAUGAAUUAAAUUCCAGGCUUAAUACGAUCUCUCACACACCAUCAAGAAAGUUUCAAAUUGAAUCAUCCAUAUAUCAAGAUGCACUACAUUCUGAAAUUCGAUUGAACGUUUUACCCACGGAGCAAAGAAAGAAGUGGUUACCGACAUUUUUAAUUGAUUAUGCUGAGAAGUACGGAAUAACUAAAGAAGAAAUAAUUGGUUCCAUUGUAAAAUCUACCACAAAUGAUGAUAUUAUAAAUCCAUUCAGAAAUCCAGAGAGUGAAUUUUCUAUUAAGGCAAGAAAGGGUAGUUCCUUGGUAAACUUAAAGCGUGCUCAAAAAGAACAAACACGAAAUGCUAGGGAUAAAACUUCCGUAGAAGGGACUAAAAUUGGUGAAGCUCUAGGGUUACGAAAUAAACCUAUUCAACAUGAUAAAAAUAGAAACAAUAUGAAAAAUUUAAAGCAUGCAUCGUCUAAUCUCUCGUAUAAAGAAGACAUUAAGGCAACUCGUCAAUCGUUGCCCUGCUUUAGAAGUAGAACAGAACUUCUAACUAUGGUUAGAGAAAAUCAAGUGUCUAUCAUUGUAGGUGAAACUGGUUCAGGUAAAACCACGCAAUUACCCCAAUAUCUUUAUGAAGAUGGUUUCACCACUAAUGGAAAACUUAUAGGCGUAACUCAACCUCGUAGGGUUGCUGCCAUGUCCGUCGCUAAAAGAGUCGCUCAAGAGAUGGGUGUGAAGAUAAAGGAGGAGGUUGGUUAUUCAAUAAGAUUUGAGGACUAUUCUUCUCCGCAAACUAGAAUUAAAUUUAUGACCGACGGUAUACUGCUCAGAGAAGUUUUACUGGAUAAUGAUCUGGACAAAUAUAGUUGUAUUAUUAUCGAUGAAGCUCAUGAACGUACCUUAAACACGGAUGUUAUGUUGGGUAUCCUACGAACAUUACUGCAAAGGCGAAAAGAUUUAAGGUUGAUUAUUACCUCUGCAACACUGAACGCUGCCAAGUUUUCGAAGUUCUUUGGCAAUGCCCCUCAAUUUACCAUCCCAGGGAGAACCUUCCCUGUCGAAAUAAAUUAUUCAAAAUAUCCAGUUGCUGACUAUGUUGAAGAAGCCAUGAAAAAAGCCGUGAAUAUUCACUUGACAACUUCUAUCGAGAGUGGUGACAUAUUGAUAUUUAUGACCGGUCAAGAAGAUGUAGAGGCAACAACUGAAUCUAUAGAGGAAAAGCUGUUAGAGGUAUAUAGGAAAAAAGGGGAAGCAUCAACGUUCCAUGACGUCAAUAAUAUUGAAAUAUUUCCAAUAUAUUCUGCUUUGGCACCAGAAUUGCAAAGUCGUAUUUUCCACAAACUGGAUAAAACCAAAAGAAAAAUUGUAGUUGCUACCAAUAUCGCUGAAACAUCGUUGACUAUUGAUGGUAUUAGAUAUGUAAUAGACUGUGGAUAUUCGAAACUUAAAGUUUAUAAUCCUAGAAUCGGCUUGGAUAGUUUGGCCAUUACCCCCAUUUCUUUGGCUAACGCUAAUCAAAGAUCUGGUAGAGCUGGACGUACGGCACCCGGUGUUGCAUAUAGGUUAUACACCGAAGAGGCAUCAGAAACCGAUAUGUAUUCUUCUACCAUCCCUGAGAUUCAAAGGACAGAUUUGUCCAACACUGUAUUAUUAUUAAAAUCAUUAGGUGUUGAAAAUGUAAUGAAGUUUCCGUUUAUAGACACACCUCCAAUACAAACUCUACUGAAUUCAUUUUAUGAAUUAUGGUCUGUAGGUGCGAUUGAUAACUUUGGUGAAUUAACAAAACUUGGAACAGAUAUGUCUAAGUUACCAUUGCAACCGUCCCUUUCAAAAAUUCUCUUAAAUUCUAUUACAUUUGGGUGCAGUACUGAGAUCUUGAUAAUAGUUGCAAUGUUGUCGAUACCACAAAUAUUUAAACGACCAAAAGAACGGGAAAAGGAGUCAGAUAAAGCAAGAAGUAGAUUUUUCAUCCCUCAGUCGGAUCAUUUAACGUUGUUGAACGUUUACCUUCAGUGGAAAAGCAAUAAUUUUUCAACCCAGUGGUGUUCGAAUCAUUUCAUACAGGGAAAAUCUCUCGAGAAAGCAGAAGAUAUUAGGAAACAACUGUUAAGAGUAAUGGAAAAACAAAAUUUUACCCUUAAAUCAGCAGGUUCUAACUGGGAUAUUAUUCGAGAAUGUAUUUGCACUGGUUUCAGCCAUCAAGCUGCUAAACUAUCUGGACUUAAAAGAUAUGUGCAUUUAAGAACAGGAAUGCACACCAAACUACAUCCUACCAGUGCAUUGUUUGGGAUGGGUGAUCUACCUUCGUACAUUAUUUAUAAUGAAUUAUUAAUGACAUCUACAGAAUAUCUUGUGUGUGUUACCGCAGUGGAUCCGUUUUGGUUGAUGGAAUCAGGGUUACUACUUUAUGACAUUAAAAAGCAAGAAGAGACAAAUGAUUACUCAAUUGGACUUCUUGGAACGAAAGGUAUAUCGAACAAUAAUGAAGUAGAUGUAGAAGAGGCACGUAAGGUAGUCCGAGAGAAGUUGGAUAAUUGUAUCCUGAGAAGAAAAUUUGUUUUGGAUAAAUUGGAAAGAGAUGGGCUCUCUUCUAAACAAAAAAAGGUUCAACAAACCCCAGAAAUAACUGAUGUAUCUCAAAUUAAAUAUUCAAAGACCGGAUUUUCUGGAUUCAAAAAAAGAAGACCAUUUUAA